CUGCAUGUGAAAGGAGUUGACAGGUUUUAGAUUCGUAAAGAAUUUCUCCUGAACAGGACUUCGCAGCUAGGGUGCAUACCAGCUUUGAGUAAGCAAGCCAGCUGCAUUUGCUGCAGUAUAUAAUAUGCACUGUUCGGGUUGCUGAUCCUGCAAAUUAAGUUUCCAAACAUUCUGGUAACUCCUUGCAACAUUGAAUCAUAAUGGUGUUCUUUUUUACGGUGUCUAGAAAAGAGGAUGUUGCGAAUUACUACACAGUUGGCAAGGAGGUUGGACGAGGAGCAACUUCAGUUGUUAAGGAGGUUAUGCAAAAGGGCACAAAGCAAAGGUUUGCAAUGAAAGUUAUUGAGAAGAAUGUAGAUAAGAAAAUCAUUAGAACAGAGAUUGGAAUUCUGCUUCGAUUAAACCAUCCUAAUGUGAUUAAACUCAAAGAGAUUUUUGAGUCAGAAAAACAGCUAUUUCUGAUCCUGGAGCUUGUUACUGGUGGCGAAUUAUUUGACAGAAUUGUUGAAAGGCAAUAUUACAAUGAAAAGGACGCAGCAGACGCCGUUCGACAGAUUUGCGAAGCUGUUUCGUAUCUCCAUGACAACGAAAUAGUGCAUCGUGAUUUGAAGCCUGAGAACCUUUUAUAUGGAAGCCCCGCUGAAGACGCACCUCUGAAGAUAGCUGAUUUUGGACUGUCAAAGAUCUUAACCAAUAAUUCUACCAUGCAGACUGUCUGUGGUACACCAGGAUACUGUGCUCCUGAAGUCCUUAGAGGGGAAGAAUACGAGCCGGCUAUUGAUAUGUGGGCUGUUGGUGUCAUUACCUAUAUUUUACUGUGUGGAUUUGAACCAUUCUAUGACGAUAGAGGAGACCAAGCAAUGUUCCAAAGGAUUUUGAAAUGCGAUUAUGAGUUUAUGUCACCUUGGUGGGACGAGGUGUCUGUUAACGCAAAGGACCUCGUUAGUAAAUUAAUCGUAAAAGACCCGAAGAAGCGGCUUACUGCCAAGCAAGCUUUGCAGCAUCCAUGGGUACAGGGAAAAGGUGCCAAUUUUAAGCACAUGGAGCAGACACACGAGAAGCUUAAGGAAUUCAAUGCCAAAAGAAAGUUGAAGGCUGGCAUGCUCGGGGUAUUGGCCGUUAAUGAGCUCACUAGAUUGAAGAGCAAGUGAGUCAAUUCUCAAUCGAAAAUCUAACACUUGAUUUGGAGGAAACCAUCUAAAGCGAGAUGCCAUGUAUUUGUGCAUUUAAAGUAUUUAACAGCUUAGAUGUAAACGAUGACACUGCUUUUCGAUCAUUUCUAAAAAAAGCUCAAUGUUAGAUAAGCAUUUUGGCUACUUUUUUAGGUCACUAUAGCCUUCUUUGAAAUUAUUGCUCACUGUAUUUUUAAGCAUUAAUCGCUGCUGUAUUAUUUUUUCAAACCAACUUUAGUUUCCGGCCAAACUAAAAAUAUUUUGAAGUAAUUGCUUCAUUCGUUUAUUGUAAAUUUUUUCGGGAAAAUUUAGAGUUCAUAGUUUGCAACAUGAAAAUAUUUUUCCAGCUAGGUUUGGCGAGAAUGCUCUAGGUAGGUUUUCUAGUCAAUUGACAAUAUUUGAUGAGGAGAACACAUUAUUUUUCGAAACUGGUAAAAUAGCUUUGGAAAAGAAACUGCAACGAAGACGUAUCGUACAGGUAUUGAAUCACUGGUUGAGAGUGUACACGUCAUACACCCCUACUAUCAUACACUGCCAACAUCUUAGCCAGCUAAGACAUCAAUUUCUUAAGCUAGCGUUAAUACAAAAUUGUUCCCUCACUAAUGUUUAAUAUUGUCUCAAUUUUAAAAGCUCAUCGUCAUCCAAUGCAUUGAAGACCUUAGAAAGCUACUUAAACUUGAUCAAAUGAGUUUUCUUUUUAUUUCUCGUCACUCUCCUGUAGGCAGUCUUAAGUUUUCAAUCAUGUUCUUAGACCUGUCGUAUACGACAUGUUUUCUAUUCAUACUAUAUUCAGCCUUCACUAUAGAUUCAUUCUACAAUCCCUGCCUAAUUUCCUUGGAACGCCUUGUUGCCUAGUGUUGUUUGAGAAAAUACACUGUUUCAGGUGGAUAAUACUGACAGUGCACCCUCUCUCCCCAAACCAUGUUGAUUGUAGAAUUAAAUAUCAUAGUCACCUGAAAGAAAUCCAUUGGGCGAUAUUUAACCUCUGGACACUGCAUAAAACAAUUUGGAGGAGGAGAGAGGGUGCGAUAAUAAUGUGCAAACAUUUAGUAUGAUGUGCCAAGACCUUUGGGAGCGAUUGUAGUUACGUAUAAAAAAACUUUUAACUUAACUUAAAAGUCAUUAAACUUUGUUAUGUUAUGUAUUAGGUGCAUAUUUGUUGUGGUCUUUCCCUUUUAAGGAGGUUUAGAUUUAGAUAACAUUUAUUCACUUAUGCUGUGAAAAUGCGUUAUAUUUUUAGAUCGCUUCACCUAAUGCAGAAAAUAUAAGUAUUUACUAUCUUGUAUUUUAGUCAUACUAUAAUGAAAUGUAAAUCCAUUGUUCAA